AUGUCUUGGCUUGUUACUCUGUGGACCUGCUCUGCUCCAUCGCUGCUCCUUGUGAGGCUUGUGGGCAGACAGCUGGGGCUCAGGGUGGGUUUGCAGUUGGUUCAAACGGUAAAUUGUUGGGGAACACCGAGUGCCAAAGGUUUGUUUGAAAAUGGAGACGUAAUCAUCGGUGGUCUCUUUAGCCUGCGCUACGCUCCUCCAGCUGAGGACCAUGACUACACUCAGCAACCAGGCAACAAACCGUGCACUGGGUUACAAACUCUGCCGCUGCAGUACAUCUCUGCUAUGGUGUUUGCUUUGGAGCAGAUCAAUCAUGGUUAAACCUUGCUCCCAGGUGUGAAGCUGGGCUAUCAUAUCCAUAAUAGCUGUGCCCUCCCUGCUUGGGCUCUGCAGGCAGCGCUGUCAAUGGUUGGCGGGGACAUCCCUACCUGUAAUGCAGAUGCUGGAUAUGGAGAAGAAAAUGGAGAUGUGGGAGUUGAGGAGCCCAUUCCUCUGAUUAUUGACGGUUACUCGUCCACAACUGCACAGAUCCUCUCCAGAACCCUGGGACCACUUUCUGUGCUUUUAUUGAGCUACACAGCUAGCUGCCCUUGAAGUGACAGGCAGCAAUAUCCUAACACUUUCAGGACCAUGGCCAGGGAUAUAUAUCAAUCCCGUGCUGUCGCCCAGCUUGCCAUACACUUCCACUGGACCUGGAUUGGAGCAGUGAUAGCAAAUAACGAUUAUGGUUAUAUGGCACUGAAGGAGGUGUUUGAGGAGAUCAUUCAGGGGGAGGGAGUGUGUCUGGCAUUUGUAGAGACUCUCCAAAGAGAAAAUAUUGUAAGUGAUGCCAAACGAGCAGCGCUCACAAUUCAGGCUUCAUUUGCAAAAGUGAUUUUGAUCUUCACCUGGUACACAGAUGUGAUGGAACUGUUUCAACCACUUGACAAAAUCAAUGUAAGAAAGAGAUUAAUGGAAUCUAGUGACUGCGAGGUUUGGAGCACCAGUGUUGAUCUUCUCCAAAACGCUGCCUCACAUAAAGUGGCACGUGGUGUUCUUGGCGUGGCCAUUCGAAGCUCAGCUCUACCUGGAUUUGAAAAUUAUCUGCAAAAUUUAAACCCAUGUCUUCGCCCAAAUGAUGAGUUACUGAGGGAUCAUUGGGAGAUUGUGUUUGGCUGUACUCAUGGAGUCAUGACACUUUCCUCUUAUAAUUCAUCAUCACAAUUUCAAGCAGGAAGGUCUUUUCAGAAAUCUUCUCUACCACCCUGCAAAGGCACAGAGACUCUCUCUAGAGUGAAUAAUCUUUUUACUGACACUUCCCAGCUGAGGGUGACAUAUAAUGUCUACCUUGCAGUUUAUGCAGCAGCCCACGCCCUUCACAGCCUUCUCUCAUGCCAUUAUAGAAACGGCCCUUCUGGAAACAACAACUCCAGCUGCAUUUUUCCGAAACAAAUAAGACCAUUUGAGCUGAGCAUUAUCACUUGAGGAAAAGUGAACUUCACCACACCACAAGGAGAGCUGUUUUAUUUCCAAGGGGCUGACAUUACUGCAAAAUAUGACCUCGUCAACUGGCAGAGCAGCCCGGAGGGAGGACUUGUUUUGAUCGGUUGUGUGGAUGGGUUUGACUUGCAACUGAAUGAGUCAGCAAUUGAAUGGCGCACAGGAUACAAUCAGGUGCCGGUUUCAGUGUGCCCUCCCGGUACACGGAUGGCCAACAGGAAAGGAGAACCCAUCUGCUGUUUUGAUUGCAUCUUAUGUGCUGUUGGGGAGAUUAGCAACAUAACUGGCUCCCCUCGUUGUGAGCACUGUCCACCUGAAUUCUGGUCCAAUGCUGAACGAACUGCCUGCUUUCCUCGCCAACUGGACUCCCUUGCCUUCAAUGAAACUUUGGGCAUCACCCUCACAGCAGUGGCCGUUUCUGGGGCAACAGUGACAGUAGCAGUGUUUGUGGUGUUCCUUCAUCACCGUCAAACACCUAUGGUGCGUGCCAACAACUCGGAGCUAAGCUUUUUGCUUCUCCUGUCACUGAAGCUCUGUUUCCUAUGCUCGCUGGUGUUUACUGGUCAUCCAUCAGUCUGGACUUGUCGAUUCCAGCAGGCAGCUUUUGGGAUCAGCUUUGUGCUUUGUGUUUCCUGCCUCCAAGUAAAGACCAUCGUGGUUCUGGCAGCCUUCCACUCAGCUCGGCCUGGCGCUGAAGCCCUGAUGAAGUGGUUUGGUCCAAGACAGCAGAGAGGAAGUGCUGGCCUUUUCACUUCUCUACAGGUCAGGAACUUAAUUAACAUGAGACGUACAAUCUGUAUUAUUUGGCUUUCGCUCAGCCCUCCCAUGCCUCAGCCUGACCUGAUGUUCCAGGAUUAAAGGUCACCCGGAUGUGCCAUGGACUCUGUGGUGGUAUGCACCAGUCUUCUCUUGGCCUUUCUUGCGAGAAAACUCCCAGACAACUUUAACGAAGCCAAAUUGAUCACAUUCAGCAUGCUGAUUUUCUGUGCUGUUUCGGUAGCUUUUGUUCCUGCUUACGUUAGUUCCCCAGGAAAAUAUGAAAAAAAUAUUGCUGUGGAGAUUUUUGCCAUCCUUGCCUCUAGCUUUGGUUUACUAUUCUGCAUCUUUGCCCCAAAGUGUUUCAUCAUUCUUUUAAGGCCAGAGAAGAACACCAAGAAGCAUCUGAAACCAAGAUAG